AUGACAUCCCGGCUCCCAACAUCGAACGCGCCCCGACUCUCGACAGCACCGAGCAGCAUCAAGCCGCGACAAUUGUCUCAUCUACAUGCUCAACUAGCACAACUCUCCGCCAACCUAGCGGAUCUCGAGAACCUCCUCCGAAUGACAAGUGUGCAGGCGGAGUCCAUCCGCGGAUUGGGCGCUUUUCAUGGUGGAUUGUUUAUGGCCGCGAGUAAAGUUCUGGGCGAGGAAACGAUAGCGGGUUCCGCUGGGCAGACGGAUAGCCAACAACAUCAGAGGGGAAGUGAAGGGAGUGAUACAAGAGUAGAACUUCCUGCCGGAACCCUACUCGAUGUACAGGAGAUCUGGGCCAAAAUCUGGUUUGAGCUUCAAUGUCUCGCCACCUUGCAGCCGGCCUUCGAUUUUGCCACGGGUAACUGGGCUUUCUCAGGCGCCGUUGGAAUUAAUACAGCAGAAACACUUACUUUGAAAGCGGCUCCCAAAUCGCGGGGAAGGCUUCCGCCACUGGUGAUCCGAUUUCCUGAAGCUCGGGCACCCGUUCCAUCGUCAGCUUCGGACUGGGGAAAAUCCCAGGCUUUGCUGCAAUCGACGGUCUCGGCCUCUGCAAGCACACGGGAUGCAAAUAGGUGUGACCGUGGUUUCAUUGCGAAAGUAAUCGGCACGGCGUAA